AUGCAUGUUCCAAACCCUAUAUUUCUUCCCAUUAAUUUCCGGGAAAUCAAACUAUUAUGUUUUAAGAAGAAAAUAAAUAAUUAUAAAUGUUUUCAUGAAAUUAGGGCUAAAGUACAAACAAAAACUAAUGAUGCCCUAACGAAAAUGAAAUCUCUGCAAUAAAGAAGAGUUGUUUUUAGGGGCCACGUAGACAUUAGUUACAAAAAGCUCUGGGUGUUUUAGCCCCUGCCUCUUCAACAGUACUUUACGACAAUGUAAAAGAUCGUGAGGCGUAAUUUAAGAUCCUCUGUUUCUCACUGCAUGCUUGUUACCUUGCUUGUGUAG